AAGUAAACCGCGUAGCGCGUCAAAACAUUAUUUUUAUGAACGUAACUUCAGUAACUCACGAACUGUCGUAUCAGAUAGACGUAUCCAAACAAAGGUGUUUGUUUAGUGAUAAUUUAGUUUGACUAGUGUUGUUUUAGUGCAUUUAAAGAGACAGAUAAAGAAUGGCUGCGCUCCACGAAGCAUUUACAAAAGCUGGAGAAAAAGAAGGAUUGGAGAUAUGGAGAAUCGAGGAUUUCGAGCCGGUGCCAGUGCCAAAGAAUCAAUAUAACAACUUUUACUCCGGAGAUUCUUACAUAGUUCUCAAGACGACGGAAAUAAAGAACCGAAUGAUCUGGGAUAUUCACUUCUGGCUGGGGGCUUCCACCAGCCAGGAUGAAGCGGGCGCAGCGGCCAUCUUGACUGUCAAUCUGGAUGACUUCAAGUUCCAAGGGGCGGCUGUGCAGCACCGCGAGCAGCAGGGAUACGAGUCACAGCAGUUCCUACAUUAUUUCCAGCCAGCGAUCAGGUAUCUGGAUGGUGGCCACGCUUCUGGAUUCAGUCACGUGACCAUAAACGCUGGCUCCGAGAAGAGGCUCUUCCAGAUCAAGGGCAAGAAACAUGUCCGAGUGAGACAGGUGGAACCGAAGAUCUCAUCAAUGAACAAAGGGGACUGUUUCAUCCUGGACAUUGAGCACACGAUAUACUUGUACGUGGGCGAGAAGGCUGGCCAGAUGGAGAAGAUGAAGGCCAUAUCAGUCGCCAACACCAUCCGUGACCAGGACCACAACGGGCGAGGCAGCGUCGAGAUCAUUGAUCCGUACUCCAGCGAAAAAGACUUCGAGACAUUCUUCGAGGCUCUUGGCUCCGGAGACAGAGCAUCCGUGCCUGAAGACACUGAGGGUGGUGAUGACGAGGAGUUCGAGCGAAAGGCGGAGGCGUCUCUGAGCGAGGUGUCAGACAGUUCUGGGCAAGUGAAGAUAUCACCGCUUCCCAAACCGUACUCGCAAGGACAACUCAAGUCAGAGGAGUGCUACAUCUUGGAUCUUGGUAGGAGCGGUAUCUACGUGUGGGUGGGAAGCAAGUCCAAUGAAAAGGAGAAGUCAGAAGCGAUGAAGAAAGCCCAGCAAUAUCUGAAGACACAAAAUCUACCGGAAUGGGUCCACGUAUCGAAGGUUCCAGAGGGAGCAGAGCCGGCUGCCUUCACACAGUUUUUCGAAAACUGGCAGGAUUGAGCUAACAACACACACUACUUGUAAUAAUUAUUGAAAUAAUGCCAAAUGUCUACAAGUUCUGAUCUGAAGCACAAAAUAAACGCACCCACCAUUACAA